UAUCAUGCCGCCAUCUUGGUCUAAGAACUACAACUCCCAGGCAACUUCCGCGUUGACUACGUCACGCCUGGGCGGGAUCACGUACAGCAUUCCUCAGGAAUUCAACAAAAGACUUGGAAAUCCGCCAUCUCGUGCUCUUUCGCGUCGGACUCUAACCGAGACUGACCUAAAAAGAGAACUCACCAUCAGACGUCUGAACCGCGCAUUUCCUCCUCUAUCUAACUCUGAUCAAGUUAGAUUUCAAAAACACGCGAUCAUCAACUCAAACUUUUCGUCUUAUCAACUGCGAAGCUUCUCCAAAGAACCUCUCCAGGCUCCAGUGAACAUCUGAUUCGUCGGAGACUCUCCUCUCUCACCGAAGCGCAACCUUCCGCCUCGAAUUCCUGCAGACAAAGGCGAGACUUUUUGCAGUAAGAAAGGCACUGGGAAAAUAUUAGUCUUAGUAAUUAAUUCACUAAGUGAAGUUAGAGUCAGGAAUAAGUGUGCACACUGUGUAUUAUUGUUGAUUUUCUAUUAUUUGGUACUAUUGAUUUUAAUUUGGUUAAUCCAGUGGUUCCCAAACUUUUUGGCUGGGGACCCCCUUUUGGACUUCAGAGUAUUUUUGGGACCCCCUGACAUCGACCCCACCACCACCCAUUAUGCAGUGUGUAGUGUAGUAAUAAUAAUAAUAAUAAUAAUAUGGAUAUUAAAGUUGCUAUUUUUUAUUCACAGAAGAGCAUUAUCCACAAAAGAGCAUUGCACAUCAUAAUAAAACAGAACAUUACACAGAACAUCAGAAUAUUUUUUCAGUGACUUGUGUGUGCUUGCUUUACAGUACAGAGUUUUUCAAAUCUUGGUGAUAACUGAGAUCGCCACCCUUAGUUCAUUUUCAAUGUUCAACUUUGCCCUGUAUUUGGUCUUGAUGGAGGCCACUGCAGAAAAGCCCACCUCAAAGAGGUAGGAUGUGGCAAAAGGGAGGAGUAUGGCCACAGCCUUUCCACCCAACAGUGGGUAGUCUUUUUCCACCCCAAUCCAAAAGGCAGACAGUGACUUGGCCCUAAACUGCUGUUUGUAUCCUAUGUCUGAGGUCACAUCAAUGAACUGUUCCUGUUCAGUAACACUGAGAUGAGCAGGUGGCCUUGUAUUGAAGGGGUCUGUGAUCCAUUCAUGGUGUGCCAAAUCCAUAACAGGAAAGUACCUCUGAAAAUGUUGUUGGAGGGCAAAAAUGUGUGAACGAAUGCAUGGCAUGAUUGUGUUGUGACUGUUGGUGUUAUGGAGAAAUGAAUGCAAGUUCUGAAAGCAAUCUGUUGUUCCCUCCUCAAUCAUCUUUCCCCACAGUUCCAAUUUCCUUGUAAAUGACUGCAUUUUAGCGACAAGCUGAGGGAGAUGGGUGUUGGGUCCUUGCAUUUGCAGAUUCAGUUCGUUCAGUUUUUGGAAAAUGUCACUGAGGUAGGCAACUGUCAUCAGGAACCGUUCGUCGUUGUAACAGAGUGCCAGUGCAUGAUUCUCCUCCUCAAGAAAAAUCCGUACCUCCUCUCGCAGCUCAAACACCCUGUUCAAUACCUUCCCACGUGACAGUCAUCGCGCUUCGCUGUGAAACAGAACUGCCGUGUGUUUGGAGCCAUUUCUUCACAGAGAGCAGCAAAGAGUCGAGCUUUAACAGGGCGCGUUUUGAUAUAAUUGACAGUGGCGAUUACGUCCGUCAUCACCUUGUUCAGUUCGGGACUCAGCUGCUUCGAUGCCAACGCUUCUCGGUGAAUCAUACAGUGGGUCCACUGCACAUUGGGGGACACACGCUUUAUGAGCGCUUGUAGCCCACUGCACUUCCCAGCCAUAGCCUGAGCCCCGUCCGUACACACUCCAACAGCACUCCCACUUCAAUUUUGCCUCUUGCAAAUAAGUGUCAAUCACUCGGAACAGUUCAUCAGCAGUGGCUCGUGUUUUCACCUCCUUGCAGAAUAACAGAUCCUCUCUCAUGUCCUCUGUAUCAACGAAACGGAUGUACGUGAUUAAUAAACGGUCUCGGUUGCUGUCAGUGGCUUCGUCGACCUGCAGAGCAAACCGGGUGCUUGCACGUACUCGGUCGGUGAGCUGCUCCUCAAUGUCGCCAGCGAUGUCAUGUAUGCGUCUUCCAAUCGUAUUAUUUGAGAGGGGGAUCGCCCGUAACUUGUUUGCUGUUGCCUCGUCGACCAUGGUUCUCACCAUUUCAAUGGCACAGGGCAGGAUCACCUCCUCCGCUUCUGUGUGUGGCUUCUUGCUCUGCGCAAGGAGGUAGGCCACUUUGUAGGAGGCGAGCUGGACAUUGACAGACGCAACUUUAGUGAAGUUCACCCGUUGUGCCUGAAAGUUCAAAAGUUUCCGCCAAAAGAAUUAAACCUGCUUGUCCUUGUGCUCGGGGUGUGCCGUGUCCAGGUGACGCUUCAGCUUGUUUGGCUUUAAACUUUCUGUCGCCAGCACCUUCAGACAGAGAACACACUGCGGUCGUUCCUCACCACCCACCAAUGUGCUCGUAAAGCCCAUUUCGAUGUAUGCAUUAUCAUACCGCCUUAUCUUUUUCGCUGCCGAAGUGCAUGGGAACUCGUCCUGUGCAGCAGCCUUGCGUUUUGUAGGAAGCACACAUAGAAACUUGUCCAUGUUGUCAUAAAGUCGCCAUCCGAUGUUUUGUUCUGAAUCUCAAAAUAGGGACCUGUUUUAUACAGUUUGUAUUCACAGGAAGAGGGUUUGCUAAUAACAACAACAAUAUCAGAGCAAUCCAACAGAUUGGCGGUUUAGCAUAAAUUGAACGGAAUUAAUAUUCAAGGGCGGAGCGCGAUUACUGAGUGAAAGGGAGCAAUUGAAUUCUAAUGACCGUGGCAGCUAUACACUGACGCAUUACCAACAUUCCGACGCCAUUCAAAACAUUCCAAUGCCCGUUUUUUUUUUCUGUGUUAUGCAAACAGUCCCGUCUCUCCGCGACCCCCCUGGAGUCCCUCCGCAACCCCCACUUUGGGAACCGCUGGGUUAAUCAAUAAGUCUUGCAUUCUCUCUCUCUCCUAACAUUCUGAUUUCAUUUAACUCACUCAUAUUGUGACCUCAUCAAGAUUUCAGAAUGUUUUGCCUCUAAAAAGGGCCUUUGCAUGCUUAGGAAGAGCCCCUCCUCCUCUCCUUUGUUCUCAACACGAGGUCCUCUGUAUCUCUGGAUAUUACAAUUAAAUGUCAUAAGUCCUAAGUUUAAUUCAACCUUGAUAGCAAUUCUCCUGUUUACAUUUAAAGCCAUAUAAACUACAGAUGACUGUUUGAAUGUAUUUUAACCAUUCAUUUCUGGUUUUGACACACAGUUUACUAGGACUGAAGAAAGCACAUGGUGUAGCUAGCCUUUCUUUGUCUAGUUAGCAUACCUAGCUAAUCACUGGGCUAUACACACACACACACACACACGUGCUCACUAAACUUUGAGGAUCCCCUCCUCCAAGAUUGCAGAUAAGACACCCUGGUCCGUCCUGGCACGGACACGCACGCACACACACACCAAGAUUGCAGAUAACAACAUAGCUCACAAGUUAAAACUGCUUACACACACACACACACACACACACAGAGACCUACUCUAAGAUUUCAUUCUGUUGCCAUUCAAUUAUUAAAUUCUUACUUUCCUUUUUAUUGAUUUCCCUUUUUUUUUAUCUUUUUAAUAAUAAACUCCAUUAUUAUUGAAAUUGUCAUUGCCUGUUUCCAAUACCUCUGAAGUCGCCCACAUCGUCAAAGAAUUCUUAAGGUGUAUGAAUAAUUAAUUAGAUGCAGUUUGGUAAGUGAUAAACUUUGAAUUAUCAAAUUUUAAACGAUUCUUCACUUGAUUCUUUGAAUGAUUCACUAAAUGAUUCAUUGAACGAUUCACCAAAUGAUUCACUGAUUCGAUUCAUUGAAUGAUUCAUUCAAACAAUUCAAAUGAGACUGAUUCUAUGGUAUGAUUCAAUUCAAAUGAGUCAAAUUAAAUGAUUCAAUAGGAUUGAUUCAUUUUAACUAUUAACCUUAAAAUGUAAUGAGACUGAUUUCAUGUAAUUAUUAAAGAGUGAUCACUUACCCAAUCUUAAAUACACAAUCAUUAAUUACACCUACAUAAAUGGUGCCCCGUGCGAGGACGAUUGGUUUGUUGACUUCUUAAGUAUUGUGCAACAGAUAACCUACCAGUUUGAUUAACCCCAGGUGUGUUAAACAGGAGUGUGAUAACCAUAUCACAAAUUCUAACAACCUAUUGAUAAAUUAGGAUAAGAGAGCAUCUCCAACCAAUUAAACCUUGUUAAUUAAUUAAUUACAUAGUUAAUAUUAGUUAAUCCUAAUUGAUUAAUAAUUAACUCAUUGAUUGGUUAAUUACCUCAUCUAGCUAAAAUGGCAUCCCCUCGUGCCUCAGAAACUGAAGACAACGGCCAAGACAUGUCCCUUUUUGAGGUCAUCGCAGACCUCAUUCACUGCUCUGACUCCGAUAGGGCAACCAUUAGGGGCAUGAGUAGGCAUGGGUGCCAAGCUAGCAUAAUCAACUCAAUAACACAAAUGAGAGAUCCAAAGAGAACAACAAUCAGUGUCCAAGAUGCACUAGGUAAACUAUUCUUGUUACACUUCCAGGAUGCUGAUCAAGAGAUCAGAUCCCUGCGCAGAGAGGUUGACAGGCUGACCAUCAGCAACGCCGAGCUGACAGCCAAGGUCAAUGAUCUAUCUAGGGAGCGUAGCCUCUUGAAGGACUCCCUCGAUGAGUGCGCUGAAAGGCUAGAGAAAGCCGAGAAAGGUGCCGGAAGGGCUGCCAAGGAGCAGAACCCCAAAGAAGGGCGCGAGGGGCGUGAGAGACCCCCAACCAUGCGUCAAAGUUUAGAGCGGGAAGAGGCGUCCGAACUGGACACCGAGGAUUACCUGGUCGAGCACCAGGCGCCCCGCCAACCUCCAUCAACUCGCUACAUGACUCCGUCAUCGUCGUCUAGCCAGGGUGGAGUUGCCCUGCGCUCAUCUCGAGCCCAGGCCCAUAGCACACCUAGGUCAGUGCGCUACAGCUUCCCUGAUCCACCUUCGGGUGAAUCAGAUUACGACUCUCGUGCGGAACAGGAGCAAUUCCAGAGUAGCUCAGAUAGUGAGCACUCAGGAGAGCGAAGGGGGUCGCGUAAAGACACGCACCAAACCCUCUGCAUAUGGCAAAUUGACCUACUUGCCAAAGAUAUCGAGCAAUUCGAUCCCGAUAACAAAAGAACCAAUGUAAAUGAUUAUUUAUGAGAAAUUGACUGAUGCCUGAUGGACCUACCGAGAGCCACAACGUGAGAGAAGCUUAAACUGGUCUGGAAGACCUCCAGUAGCAGCGUCCGUGCCUUUUUAGAGACACUACCACUAGACGUUCGCGAUAGUUAUUCGAAACUUUGCAAUUACAUGAGGGAAGAAUAUGCGCCGUACACGGAUGAAACCUCCGCGACGUUGUGUGCAAUACAAAUCAGACAGAAACGGACUGAGGCACCUCGUGAGUAUUAUAGACGGCUACGUAGCGCCUACUUCCAGGGUAGCAAUGCACCAGGUUUAGAAGAAGAUAGAGACUUCAAAUCCCUUUUCUUACAUAACCUCCACCCAAGUGUGCGGACUCAAGUCACACUGAGGUGUCGACAAAAUGGCUACUCGAUGAAGGAAACUAGGCAGCUAGCCCAAAUGACCUGGGAGACCAUUGUCAAAACCGUAAACGGAAACGAUGAUGACCCCAGAGUCCUUAGCCUCCAGGGUGAGGACAAGCCCCCGCUAACCUUAGAAGGAAGUGAAGCGCCAAAAGGGGGACCCACCUGGAGAAACUCCGGUCCAAACCGCCCCUUGCCGAGCCAUCACCAAGGUGAGUGGGAGAAUCGGCAAGGUAAGGCCAGGAGAGACCGAUGGAAAGGCCACAGUGACCAUGGCAACUGCUCAUCAGAUGAAAAGGGUCAUAAGGAACAAAACAGUAAACAGCAAAACUGUCAUCCCCACUCUGACCAGAGAUGGCAGGAGCGUUCCGACCAUAACACUAAACGUAGAGGUAGAAAUGAACAACACAGUGACUCGGACCAAUCUGAUGAGUCCCACUCAGAGCUGGACUCUUUGAAGGCCUGCUUGGCUGAAUUUAAAAGACUGUUACAGGAACAGUCAAACUCCUCAACAGAUAAAAACAAAAGAGCUCGAGAAAAAUGACAAAAGCUAUCCACUGGCAUGACUAGGCCAGGAACCACGAGUAGAUCUCGUGAAAGGGGGAGGAAAUCCCUCCGAAACAGCAGGCGAGGGUCAGGAUGUAGGGCCCCCCCUGGUGGCGAAGGCAAACACACAAAAUGCACCUCUCACGUGCGCUAAAGUCUUCACCACCAUCUCUGACACACGGCUCUCACAAGGCGACCCAAUCCCAACCAAGCCCUGCAACAUAAACCUAGUCAGCUUCACACAAAACAAAACCCCACAGUCGUUGGAUCCUAUAAAAUAUGCACAAACCCGUUGCGAUGAGAUUAGUGCGAACACUGAUCAAACAAGCGCCACGCGAGAUCAAAUUUCUGAUGAACUUCAGUUCGUGUCUUUGCACACCGAGUCCGGUGUCGAAACACCCGACACCGCGACUCCCCCUAGUGGCCACAAUUCUUUGGAAAAUCUCCCUCUAUCCAUCGACUCAGACACAGACACUGCUGGUGUAAUGGCUGCGCUGUGGAACAUAUUAGGCGUCGAGGCGAAAUCCCAUAUCGCGUACCACCCUCAAUCCUCUGGUCAGGUUGAACGAACCAUUCAAACCAUUGUGAGCAUGCUGCAAAAGUAUGUCACAAACCAUGGUAAAAUUUGGGAUGUGAAACUUCCCUUGGUGCUAAGGGCCAUUCGGUCCACCCCUCAGUGUACCACUGGAGUCACACCUUUUGAGAUGAUGACUGGGCGAGAAACGGUUCUUCCCCCGCAUCUCCUAUACAAACCAGAGGACAUGAGCGUCGCAACCGCAUACACCGCACAUCAACAUGUCGCCGACCUACAACGCCACCUACAGUCAACCUUUACAGGUGCCCAAAAGAAUCUCAAUUCGAGUGUAGGACACAAAGCCUACUACGCCCGAAUCUCAAAGAAGUUCCUACCAUUCUGGUCGAGACCUUUCGAUCGUGGGAAAACCGUUCCCCGUCGUGUAUCACAUUAGGACACCCCGACCUAAUCAAACGCUCUCAUAUCGAUGGGUCCAUAAUAAUCGAAGCAAACUUUUUGAACAGUCCUCACUCCAAAAGGGGGUGGACGAUAGCUAGGCCCAUCCUGUCUACUUAGCUUGUAUGCGUCACUUAUCUUUAAGCGUACACUAACAUUCCUGAUCAUAUUUAUCAACCCAAUAAAAGAAAAGAAAAUCCUUCUGUAUGUUACAGAAUGGACUCCCUCGGAAUCCUGUGCAUCUUCCUCACCCUACAACUGAGUCAGUCAAGUGAGGUGGUGGAGCCUGGCCCCCCAGCUGGCAUCAUCCUGCAGGAGGCUCCUGGGCUCCUUCUUACAAACUGUCGCAUCCACACUCAACGGGUAUACGCCCGACUAAACCCAGGGGUCGUAUACCGCAAACACUUCAAGGCACAGCUACCUUCGACCGAUAACUACGGACCAAAGGGCGAGAUAGCCAACGCAGUUGAACACGCUAAACGCACCACUACCCACAUGCUAGAACAGUUACAGAAAUUCAUAGUCACCGAGGAAGAACUGAGCGGGAAAACACGUCAGAAAAGGUUCCUCGGGGGUUUAAUUAUCGGUGCAUCUGCCAUUGGAUCCUUGUUUUCUAUUGGUCUCUCUGCAGCCAACACGGUCAGUUUGAAUACGUUGGAAAAAGAAGUUAGCAUUCUGCAAAAGGAAAUGCCAGAGAUCCGAGAGAAACUGCUUAUCCAACAAGAACUACUGCAGGGCUUAGGCAAAUCCCUGCAGGGAACUAUACUAACCGUUAACAUGCAUACUGAUCUAAUCCAUAACACUAUGCAGACUGUAGACAAAUUGGCCAAAAUAAUCAAGAACAAGAUCAAAUAUGUCAGAGAAAUAAGGGAUUUAAUGCAAGACCUGCUUAGAGAAGUAGGUGACUCAAUUAGUUCCCUGAGUAGUGGCAAGGUCCCAUCGUAUCUCACACCCCUUAGCUUGGUGGAGAAUAUACUACAAUCCACUACUACUACUAGAGACGUGCAUUCCUCGCAAAUACACCUGGCAUAUAGUCUCGGUAGUGCUAUCCCCAUUUUUGUGAGUCCACAAGAUUUCGAGAUAGGUUUCUGUAGAACUCCCUAUGUGUGGGUGGAGCACAGAGGAUGGCAGGACAGGGAUCAGGUUCCAAAACAGCGUUUAUUGCUAGACUUUUCAGUUUAGACAGAUACUUCAUUCAAACAGACACACACACACAACCGGCAUCUGGUUCAGGGAUCAGCCCCCUCCGCUCUCACUCUCCCUCCUCAUAUAGGGCGCGGUCACUGGGAAGACACAAACACAGGUUAAUUGCUCUCAGGUGAAGUGAUUCUGCCACUUACCUUCCCUGACUCCGCCCUCCUGUCACAGACCGGCGCUUGACCACGCCCCCGCUGCCACAUACCCCCACCGCCCGACUCAGGCCGGGCGCCUGUCCGGCCUGCAGCCGACUCCCCCCCCCCCCCCCCCCCCUCCUUGACGGGAGAGGAAGUCCGCCACGACCAUCUACGCCCCCGGCCUGUGGACCACCUUGAAGUUGAAGGGUUGGAGUGCCAGAUACCAACGGGUGAUCCGCGCGUUGGCAUCCUUCAUGCGGUAGAGCCACUGGAGGGGCGCGUGGUCCGAACAGAGGGUGAAAGAGCACCCCAGCAGGUAGUAACGGAGGGCGAGGACCGCCCACUUGAUCGCCAGGCACUCCUUCUCAAUCGUGCUGUAGCGCCCCUCAUGCACUGACAGCUUCCGACUGAUGUAAAGGAUCGGGCGGUCCUCCCCCUCCACCUGCUGGGACAAAACGGCCCCCAGCCCUCUGUCCGACGCAUCCGUCUGUAACAUAAAAGGGAGAGAGAAGUCAGGGGAGUGUAAAAGUGGCCCCCCACACAGCGCAGCCUUUACCUCAGAGAAAGCCCGCUGACACUGCUCCGUCCACUGGACCGGAUCUGGCGCUCCCUUUUUAGUGAGGUCAGUCAGCGGGCUGGUGACGUCCGAAUAAUUAGGUAUAAACCUACGAUAGUAGCCAGCCAGCCCCAGGAACUGUCUCACCCCCUUUUUGGUCUUGGGCCUCGGGCAGGCCGCAAUCGCUGCUGUCUUAUUAAUUUGGGGACGCACCUGCCCGUUACCCACGUGGAAGCCCAGAUACUGUACUUCCACCCGCCCAAUCGCACACUUCUUUGGGUUGGCAGUGAGUCCCGCCCGCCUCAGCGACCUAAGGACGGCCCUCAGGUGUUGCAGGUGCCGCUGCCAGUCAUUACUAUAAAUGAUAUUAUCAUCCAAAUACGCGGCCGCAUAGGUGCCAUGGGGCCGGAGGACCCUGUCCAUCAGCCGCUGAAACGUAGCGGGUGCCCCAAACAGCCCAAACGGAAGUGUGACGAACUGGUGUAAGCCGAACGGUGUGGAAAAGGCCGUUUUCUCCCGGGAUAAUGGAGUCAAGGGGAUCUGCCAAUAUCCCUUCGUCAAAUCCAGUGUCGAGUAAAAGCGAGCCGUGCCUAGUCGAUCGAGCAGCUCAUCAAUACGAGGCAUUGGGUACGUGUCGAAUUUAGACACCGCGUUGACUUUUCUAUAGUCCACACAGAACCGGACCGAGCCGUCGGCCUUGGGAACCAAGACCACUGGGCUGCUCCAGUCACUGUGGGACUACUCAACGAUGCCCAUUUCGAGCAUGGCCUGAAGUUCUUCCCGAACCACCUUUUUUUUGUGUUCAGGUAGUCUGUAAGGGCGGCUACGCACUACCACCCCCGGGGGCGUCUCUAUGUGGUGUUCUAUGAGGUUAGUGCAACCGGGCAGGGGCGAGAACACAUCCGAAAACUCGGCCUGCAACUGGGCGACCUCCGUGAGUUGGGUCGGGGAGAGGUGGUCUCCACAGGGGACCGGAGAGGUACGUGAUGCCAAUGUCCCUUUUUGAACCUCCGGUCCCAGCUCCGCCCUCUCCGGAACUACCGACACCAACGCCACGGGGACCUCCUCGUUCCAGAGUUUCAGCAGAUUGAGGUGGUAGAUCUGUAGCGCCCCACCCCUGUCUGUUCGCCUCACCUCAUAGUCGACGUCCCCGACUCGCCGUGUGACCUCAAAGGGCCCUUGCCACUUGGCGAUCAAUUUGGAGCUCGACGUGGGCAGCAGUAUGAGUACUUUACCUCCCGGUGUGAACUCUAAGGCGCGUACCCUUGUUGUACAGGCGGGCUUGCCGUUCCUGGGCCUGCCGCAAAUUCUCCUGAGUUAGGUGGGUGAGCGUGUGGAGUUUUGCGCGCAGGUCCAUAACGUACUGAAUUUCAUUCUUACUUUGUGAAGGUCCCUCCUCCCAAUUUUCCCGCAGCACGUCCAGGAUGCCGCGCAGCUUACGCCCAUAUAAUAAUUCGAACGGGGAGAACCCUGUGGAGGCUUGGGGGACCUCUCGCACUGAGAACAGCAAGGGUUCGAGCCACUUAUCCCAAUUACGUGUGUCCUCACUUACAAAUUUUUUAAUAAUAUUUUUGAGGGUGCGGUUGAACCGUUCCACUAAACCGUCCGUUUGUGGGUGAUAUACGCUGGUGCGGAUCGGCUUAAUCCCCAAUAACCCAUACAGUUCGCGCAGUGUUCGUGACAUAAACGUAGCGCCUUGGUCAGUCAGAAUCUCUUUCGGGAUUCCAACUCGGGAGAUGACGCGGAAGAGUGCCUCUGCAAUACUGUGUGCUGAGAUAUUGCGCAGAGGCACUGCUUCCGGGUAUCGCGUUGCAUAGUCCACCAGAACUAAUAUAAAGCGGUACCCUCGUGCUGACCGAUCUAAUGGCCCGACGAGAUCCAUCCCAAUUCUCUCAAACGGGGUCUCGAUUAACGGUAGAGGGCGCAAAGGCGCUUUUGGAAUGGCCGCUGGAUUUACUAACUGGCAUUCGCGGCACGCCGUACACCACCUACGGACAUCGCCGCGAAUCCCCGGCCAAUAGAAUCGGGCCAUGAUUCAGGCUAGUGUUUUAUCCUGCCCCAAGUGUCCAGCCAUGGGAUUAAAGUGAGCCGCCUGGAAUACCAAUUCCCGGCGGCUCUUUGGAAUCAAAAGCUGCGUGACUCGCUCUUUAGUUUGAGUGUCCUGCGUCACUCGGUAUAAUCUAUCCUUCAAAAUCGCGAAGUAGGGGAAGGACGGGGUGGCGUUCGGCAGGAGCCUUUGACCAUCGAUUACUCUCACUUGGUCAAACGCAUGCCGCAGAGUCUCGUCUCGCGACUGCUCCAAUGGGAAAUCCGCGAGGGAUUCCCCAAUAGAGAGAGGAGGAGCCGGCGGCUCCUCACUCUGACGCGGAGAUGACGUAGACGGCUCUGUGACAGCUGCUCCCGCCAAAGCGACACCGGGACCUCCCCCUGUCAAUUGGCAGGACCCACUCUCUACUAGGCGCGUCAUUAACCCCCGAAAUCCCGGCCAAUCCGUCCCCAAAAUUAAAGAGUGGGUAAGGCGAGGAUUAACCGCCGCCUUCACUAUAAAUUUUUCCCCUCUGAAAAUAAUGUGGACCGACACCAAAGGGUAGCGGUGAACAUCCCCGUGCACACACAAAACCUUCACCCCUUGUGCUCCCCCCAAUGCCUCGUUUUGAACCAGGCUUUGGCGAAUUGAGGUCUGAUUACAACCAGAAUCCACCAACGCCUGAUAUGUAGCCCCUUGGAUACUCACCGGUAUGCGAUACGCUCCGGCCCGAUCGAGGGCGGCCUCUGGCGCGUCGGGGAUCCGAACCACCGCGCCCACUUCCAUUGCUGUGCACUGCUGUUGAAGGUGGCCCGGUUCCCCGCAGCGCCAGCAAACCGGCCCGGGCUUUCCCUCUGCACCGGUGAUCUGGGGCUCACUCACCCGAGGUGGGGGAGAGACAGACACAGAAGGGAGAAACGGGAGGGCACUGCGGGUGCGGCAGGCCGGCUGGGGUGGUGCCAGCCCCCGCGGUGGGGGAAUGGGGCGAGGACGGGACACAGGAGGAGGGGGGGAGAGAGAGAGAGAGAGAGAGAGAGAGAGAAGAGGAGAGAUGAUGUCAUCUGCUGUCCUGCCGCCGGGACAGCCGCCAGAUGAUCCUCCGCCAGCUCGACUGCCUGAUCCAGCGACGCCGGGCGGUGGCACUGGACCCACUCUGCGGUUCCUGCUGGUAAGCGGGCGAUGAACUGUUCCAGUACCACCUGGUUGACGAUUCCCUCGGCGUCGCGAUCAUUGGCCCUCAGCCACCGCCAGCAGGCAUCCCAGAGCUGCUGGCCGAACGCGAACGGCCGGCCGACUUCCUCCAAGUGCAGCGCGCGGAAGCGCUGAUGCUGUUGUUCCUGUGUGCGCCCCACGUGCUGGAGGAUGGCCCGGCGGAGGUCCGCGUAGGCCAGCCGGCGGUCGGCGGGGAGCUGUAGCGCGGCCAGCUGUGCCUCUCCCGUGAGCAGGGGGAGGAGGCGCGCCGCGCGCUGCUCCAUCGGCCACCCCGAGGCAUCGGCGACCUGUUCAAACAACGUGAGGAAUGCCUCGGGGUCGUCCUGCGGGCCCAUCUUGGUGACAGUGAGGGGAGACGGGCCCGCGGCCGGAGCGCUGGUGGGCCCCGCCGACGCGAGGAGAUGCCAGAAUGCCUUGCGAUCUUCCUGCUGGGCCAGCACCAGGGCUUCGAAGAGCCGUUCUUGUUCCUUUUGGAGUGUGACGAGCGCCUGGUGCUGGCUUUGCUGAGCCGUGGCGAGGGCGUGGACCAGGUCGGUGAACGGGGAGGAUUCCAUGGGGCUGCUGGGUUGGUGCUCCAUUAUCCCAGGUUUCGGCACCACUGUAGAACUCCCCAUGUGUGGGUGGAGCACAGAGGACGGCAGGACAGGGAUCAGGUUCCAAAACAGCGUUUAUUGCUAGACUUUUCAGUUUAGACAGAUACUUCAUUCAAACAGACACACACACAACCGGCGUCUGGUUCAGGGAUCAGCCCCCUCCACUCUCACUCUCCCUCCUCAUAUAGGGCGCGGUCACUGGGAAGACACACAAACACAGGUUAAUUGCUCUCAGGUGAAGUGAUUCUGCCACUUACCUUCCCUGACUCCACCCUCCUGUCACAGACCGGCGCUUGACCAUGCCCCUGCUGCCACAGUUUCAUACUAAAUCUACCCAUCAUUGAGAGAAACAACAUAUAUAGACUCAAGUCUGUCCUCAACGUAAGUUUCUGGAAGGACAAUGUCCGUAUACGCAUACAAACACCACCCAUGGUAGCAUACCAUGACAACAACCCCUCUGUCUAUUUUAUUCCCAACCUAGAGAUGUGCACCUCCACUAAAGACAUCCACUGGGUCUGCCCAAGCAACCCAUUUAUUAGAGACACUACGGAUCGCUUGUGCGGUCUGAGGGCGAAAGCGCCCGAACAAAAGUGUGUAGGUCAAAUGUCCGCAAAGGACGAGGAUAUGGAAACUAGAGUAGAAAGAGCUGGUAGUCGGUGGGUUGUUAACACUCCAAAAACUGAAAUCUUGAUGUCAUACAACCAGCACCACACAGCCACAAGAAUGAAAAUCCCAAACCAAACGGUGUUCCUAAUGCCGCUUUUCCACUACCAACGCGGCUGAGUUGGGCUGAGCUGUGCCGUGCUGAGUUGGGCUGAGUCGAGCUGAGUGGGGCUGUUGGAGUUGCAUUUCGACUACAACCGCACUGAACCGUGCUGGCUGGAAGUGGGUGGACACAUUGGGUGGAGUUAGCGAAAGUGGGUGGACGUCAGGUGAUGUCGUUAGGCGGCGCAAACAGUGACAUCAGUGAGCUUUUAAGCGGUAGUCUCACAACCCAGAGAGUAAACAAUAAACAUGGAGGACAUGGUGUCGUUAGUGUUGCUGGUCUUGGUGCUGUGGCUUGUUGUCACCGACAACACCAACAGAUACUGGCAAGAGCGUAUAGAUGAGGCGAGGCGCAUAAGGCUUCAUAAUUCUCGUAAUUCGUAAUUCUCCUUCUUCCGGGUUUACGGUGUUUACAGAUUCCAGCGUGCUCGCGGGGUGUGUGUGGGCAUGUGAGGACACUCCUCCUCACCAAUUAGUGCACAGGGGAGUGUCUCCUCACGCCCCUAGCCCCACUCGGCUUGGUUUGGCUCGCUUCAGCCCUACUCCAAAACCGUGCGAGUUUUGGGGGCUGAGCAGGGCUGAAGCGAGCUGAGUCGUGCUGUUCCUAGAUAGUCGAAACGCGAGCCGUGUCGGGCUGAAGUGAGCUGAAGCGAGCUGAAGUGAGCUGAAAAAGGGUAGUGGAAAAGGGCCAUUAGUGUACCACAGGGAGCCACUAUUCACAUAGAUGACAUCACCUUACACCAUCUUAGUACUGACAGGAACGAUUCAGAAAUCGAGAUGAUAGAUGCAUUCGAAGGUUAUGAUCUUGAGAUCAGUAACACCCUCCAACAGCAAUUGCUGGCUGAAGGGACCAAAACAGUAAAAUUUAGUGUAGCUCAGAAUGGAAUUUCGACCAUAGUCUCCCAAAACCGGGUCAGAGGGUUACUUGACCUCAAACCUGCCCCAAGUCUGAUUGUUUUGGGACUACUUCUCUGUGGCUGGGUCUUUUCUGCUGGUAUCGCAUGCAUGCUACACAAACGAAUAGCGACGCUAUACGCCAAGCUGGAUAAAGGGGUCUACGUUCCUGACAGCUUCGGCCAUAGUAGCGCAUGCUUUCUGGCCAAACCAUCUGCUGCCGUUACCGUGCCAGAAGAUUAGGUUAACCCCUAACCACUAACACUUCUUUUCUCUACUCCACUUUUUCUCUUUUCUUGUUUUAUUAUUUUCUUUGAGUAGGAAAUGAAGUAUAUAUAUGUAGUGUUCACUGAAAUGAAGUAUAUAUAUAGCCUGCAAUGAAAUGAAGUAUAUGUAGUCUUCACUGGAAAAGUAUGUAACGUUCACUGUUUGAACUUUGAGGUAACCCUAAUCUAGUUAGAUAGUGAUUAUCUUCCCAAGUGCCUAUGAUGAUUAUAUGCCAGUGCCUAUGGUGAUUAUAUGCUCAAAUGCCUCUACCUCCAACUGUCUCACUGGAACUCAAGUUUACACAGUCUUCACAGGACACCAUGAACUGUGCAGAACAAGUCUACCUCAAGGACUAUGGACACGGCGAUGAUAUGGUAUGGUGCUCUCAGUGCUAUGACUCCGUCAUACCCCUGAGACCAAAAGGGGGAAUGCAGGUAUCAUGCCGCCAUCUUGGUCUAAGAACUACAACUCCCAGGCAACUUCCGCGUUGACUACGUCACGCCUGGGCGGGAUCACGUACAGCAUUCCUCAGGAAUUCAACAAAAGACUUGGAAAUCCGCCAUCUCGUGCUCUUUUGCGUCGGACUCUAACCGAGACUGACCUAAAAAAAGAACUCACCAUCAGACGUCUGAACCGCGCGUUUCCUCCUCUAUCUAACUCUGAUCAAGUUAGAUUUCAGAAACAAGCGAUCAUCAACUCAAGUGAGUUAUUAACCGGUUUGCAAGUAUUACUUGUCUUUUAACGCGUACGCGGCUGCGAGCAAAGGCAGUUUUCUAAAGAGCUCUUCUCUUUUUUCUUUCUUUUAAAUCCGUGCACGGUGUUGAACAAAGACUUUUCGUCUUAUCAACUGCGAAGCUUCUCCAAAGAACCUCUCCAGGCUCCAGUGAACAUCUGAUUCGUCGGAGACUCUCCUCUCUCACCGAAGCGCAACCUUCCGCCUCGAAUUCCUGCAGACAAAGGCGAGACUUUUUGCAGUAAGAAAGGCACUGGGAAAAUAAUAUUAGUCUUAGUAAUUAAUUCACUAAGUGUGAAGUUAGAGUCAGGAAUAAGUGUGCACACUGUGUAUUAUUGUUGAUUUUCUAUUAUUUGGUACUAUUGAUUUUAAUUUGGUUAAUCAAUAAGUCUUGCAUUCUCUCUCUCUCCUAACAUUCUGAUUUCAUUUAACUCACUCAUAUUGUGACCUCAUCAAGAUUUCAGAAUGUUUUGCCUCUAAAAAGGGCCUUUGCAUGCUUAGGAAGAGCCCCUCCUCCUCUCCUUUGUUCUCAACACGAGGUCCUCUGGAUCUCAGAUUAGAAUUAAAUGUCAUAAGUCCUAAGUUUAAUUCAACCUUGAUAGCAAUUCUCCUGUUUACAUUUAAAGCCAUAUAAACUACAGAUGACUGUUUGAAUGUAUUUUAACCAUUCAUUUCUGGUUUUGACACACAGUUUACUAGGCCUGAAGAAAGCACAUGGUGUAGCUAGCCUUUCUUUGUUUAGUUAGCAUACCUAGCUAAUCACUGGGCUAUACACACACACACACGUGCUCACUAAACUUUGAGGAUCCCCUCCUCCAAGAUUGCAGAUAAGACACCCUGGUCCGUCCUGGCAUGGAGACACACACACACACACACCAAGAUUGCAGAUAACAACAUAGCUCACAAGUUAAAACUGCUUAUACACACACACACACACACACACACACACACACACACACACGCAGAGACCUACUCUGUUAUAAGAUUUCAUUCUGUUGCCAUUCAAUUAUUAAAUUCUUACUUUCUUUAUUGAUUUCCCUUUUUUUAUCUUUUUAAUAAUAAACUC